AUGCCCAAGGAUACCCAUUCCUCCAAUUUUUCCAGCUCGCUCUCACAGCCUGGCUUAGCGCUACCAUCGCAAUCAGUGCAGAAUCACAUCCAUGAACUCGCAAAGACGCUGCCGCCCCCGCGUAAACAGAACACAGCUUGCGACGCUUGCAGGUCGAGGAAGGUCAAGUGCAACCGGGUGCAAGGGCAGGAGAAGGUGCAGUACAUCGCCAUCCCUCACUGUCUCUCCAAAAAUUAUCCAUGCACGUCAGUAUCUUCAUCGAGGGCCCAUUACGUUCAGCAAGCGACAUCCGAGAGGAAGCGCGUCGGAGUGCCCCGAAGACCACGAAAUACUUCUACUAGUUCAAGCGCCUCUCCCAUCAUCGAGAAUGGAUACCCCGCUGCCUUCCCAAAAUUCCCAACUUUCCAUACUGGUCCUAUCCCUAUCAAGUUCGGCUUCUACCCCCCCAUAACGCUCGAUACCCCCACUAGAGAAGUUCUGUUGUACUUAUUCUCGCCACCGGAAAUUGCCAGUAAUGGAACCAGUGAUCACACUCCUUUUGGGCAAACGAUGGUCAAGUCGCCAUACGCCGACUGGGGCGAACAAGCAAUCAAACUCGAGAACGAAGCUUUCAGAACAGAAUUUGCUCUUGAUCUCGUGGAAGUUUUCUUCCAAAUUGUUCACAGUCGACUACCGCUUCUCAACCCCGCGUUGUUUAGAGAGCGUCUUUACCUACAUGAUGCUUCCGGUGCCAGAGCUUCGGAGAAGCCGUUGCAUCCGGCACUUGUAGCAACGGUGUUAGCAUGGGGCGCGAAGUUCUCCGAGCAUCCCUUACUGGUGGCCGAUCGCAAACGACCGAGUGGACAAAGUCAUUUAGCCAGAAUCCUAAUUGACCGCGCAAGAGAGUUCGCCGAGGCAUUAAAGGUGCAUAGGGUUCCACAUGCUGACCAUGUAGUCAUUGGUCUCCUCAUUGAGCCGUUGCAAAGUCAAAAUCCUGAGGAUGCCAACGGUUAUCACGGCUUCUGGCUGACGGCAGCUACUCGUCAUCUUCUGGAUUUACAGAUCAACCAUAAAUCCGUGAUGUCAACGAUUCAAGACCCUGAGGCUCGGGGGACGAUGAUAUUCGCAUGGUGGAUGGCGUGUAUAUGUGAUGCGUAUGCUUCGGCGUAUUACCGUCGAAAGCCUGUCCUUGACGAUGACGAUUACGAUAUUGACUUCUACACCGCGGAUCCUGUCCACCUAGAAGCCGCAGAGCCCCAUUCGCCACUGCCCUCUCCUCGGGAGCAACUUGAGGGUUACUACCGCGCAGCUCAUGCCUUAGCCCGAAUCUCCCGACAAAUGUCCCGGCAGCUUUGGCGACCGGUCACAGAAGCCGAUGGGAUUCCGCUUAGCGAACUCUCCCGAUUCUCGCACUCGCUAGUUGAAUGGAGAGAUACGUACCUGAACGCAGUGGGGGUCCCAAGCAAUUUCGAGGGCGAAUGGGACUUUGUGUCUGCCGUUUCAUCAUGUGCAAGCGAUGCUACAUUCCAUGUCAUGUGGAUUAUCCUUUUCAGCGCCUUAGACGAGUUUGGGAUUCGCGAGGUCAACGAACUUCAACGCGCUGGAAGCCCAGCCGCUGUACUACCUAACGAAGCCGAUGUGGAGAGUGUCAAGCGUAAGGUGAUGGACGAAGCCCUCCAUGGCGCAUUGCGAAUAGCCGGUUUGGCUGGCGUCUUGACAUCAAACGGCUACCUGCGCCUUGAUCCAGCGGUGAUGCACGUUAGCUGUAUACACGCUGGCACUCUCCUAGCUCGACUAGGGCGACCCGAAGUAUCCAACUGCAUCGCUGGCCUCGAACAGUACAGUCAUUCAUAUGAAGAGGCUGGGGAGCAGGCCUCCGAGCUCAAACGAAUGUACAAGGAUGCCACCAACGGUCACUCAGAUUUAGCUCACAUGCAUUCAACCGUUCAGCGUGGACUAGCGGUGGAUGCAACCGCUAACCAUUCUAUGGCGAUUGACACACUUCAUGGUUCCAGCUUUGCCCCUGCGCCUUUUGGUGGGAGAUGA